UUAAAAAAAAAGAAACCUAACUUUACUCUCAUCAAAAUGGCAUCGGAAGAAGACAAGGCGCUGCCUCUCGUGAAUACUGAUGACGGCCUGGACUCCAACAUGAUUAAUAAGAUGGCAACAGUGGAGUCUGAGAUUUCUGAGAAAGAAAAAAAGGAGAUAUGGCUACUUCAUGAGAGAGCAGAAAGAAGAAGAAGGCCCGCUAUCAGCUACUUUUUCCGUUGUCGAAAACCAGCGCAGAAACAACGAGGACUCUUUGAACUAAAUAAGAUUUCUGAGAAAGGGAAAGAUGAAAUUCUCUACCCUCCUGGAUGAGAAGCAGAAGUUGCAUUAAAUGUAUAGAAACUACGAUCAGAAUUGAUUCACCUCGGCCUAUUUGAUGAGAAAGCCCCAAGAAGAACUAGGAUGGACCCGUUUGCCGCCCGAAGGCUAUUCCAACAACACUUCAAAGGAGAAGCCUCCUAAAUAAGGACCAACAGCAAUAGUGUGAAUUCAUUCCUGAAAUAGCUUUCUAUUUGUUUCAUACCAUAGAGUCCUAGAUCAAUUACAUCCAAACUAUUUUCUCUAGCUAGUUUAUUAUUUUUAGUUCUGGAUUAUCAUCAGAUAACAAUACACACAUACUUAUUAUA